CAACUGGCUUUUUCUCCUUUCCAAAGGUUCUUUUUGGGAGUUGCAGGUUUUAAGGAAACCCUAAAAUUCUCUCUCGAACUUCCACUAAAGAAGGUUGCUUUUGUUUCUAGGAUAAAGUUAUAGCUUGGUUAUGCUAUCUUCUUAGGUUAAAGAUAUGGGGAUGAGAGGGCUGAAGCUCUGUUGAAAUUCUAGGUUUGAGGAAUAGAGGUUGAAGCUCUGUGAGAAACUUGAUUUCUGAGGUUAGGAUCUGAGAGAGAGAGAGAGAGGUAUCAGAGGGUUAGAUGUCAAAGGAGAAGCUCAAUUUGGUGGUUAGGGAUCUGGAGAGAGGUGGGGGUCACUAUUGGGGAACUGAGUCAUUGGGUUUGAAAGUUAGGGUUAGGGAUCUGUAAAGGGAAGGUCGGUUGGUUUCAUGGAGGCCUUGUCUCAUAGCUGGUGUUGAUGUUUUGUUUAAGGGAUCUGAGAACAAGGAGUAGUGUUGAGGGAUUUGGUGGGUUUGGGCGUUUUGCUUUGUUUGUUGUCGAAAAGGUUGGGUUUUUUGGUUUGAAUGAGCGUGGAGAUUCUGGGUCUUGUUCAAUUGGGAAAUGGGGAGUUUCAGGCCUUUCCGGAGCUGGUUUCAUGGGGCUAGGAUUUGAAGGUCUGUUUUAAAGAUCUGCAAUUUCUAAAGGAAAAUCAAGGGCUUGUAUGUUUAUUGAAUCUGUUGCAUUCAAUAGUUAGUGGUGUCUUCCAAGUGGUAUUAGUAUGAGGAUUUCUAUAAUUGAUUAGAAAGGAAGAGAAAGAGAAAUUACAGCCGAGGCGAUUGUGAGGAUGUGAUUUUAGUCCAAUGACCCUUGCAAAAGAACCAAAAUUUAUUGUUUUAGCACUUGAAGAAUGCUAUAGUGCUAGUUAGUUAGAAAAAAUCAAGGGAGUGAGCAGGCAAAUCAAUUAUCUUUGCAGAUUCAGGGUCUGGAUAACCAAUUGCAUCCUAGAAAAAUCAUAGAAAAAGAGGAACUUUUGAUACUUGGGUGUUGAGAAAUCAGCUGAAAGAGGUAUUUUUUAUGCCUGGGUUUUAAGAAAUAUUCUGAAAUUUUUCUCAAACUGAGCAGAAGUCAAAGGUGCGUGUUUGUUUUUCUGGGUUUCAUGCCUGCUCAUUGCCAAGAAAGCACAUAUUUAGCUCAGAUAUAUGUAAUCUGGUUGAAGAGAUUGUACCCACAAGCAAAGCAUUUUUUGCUAUUAUGGCCCAUGCUGUUCCUUUAACAAGUUGUUGGCCAAGUCACAUCUUUUUGGAAGUGAUGAAUUGCCAACAUUUGGAAGAAUAAUCUUUGAAGUGUGAAAUUUCUUGAAAUGGAGAACUAUGGUAAGUUUUGGAAAGAUGAGGAUAGGGCCAUGGUGGAAGCUGUUCUGGGGCCCCAAGCAUUCGAGUACCUGACAACUAGCAACAAUGUCUUAUCUGAGGGAGUUCUAACCUCCAUUAGUGAUGGCAGUUUGCAGCAAAAGCUGUGCGAUUUAGUGGAGAAAUCGACCCCUUCAAUUAACUGGACCUAUGCCAUCUUUUGGCAAUUCUCUCGAUCAAAAACCAAUGAUCUUGUUCUGGGGUGGGGCGAUGGCUAUUGCCGAGAACCAAAGGAAGGAGAAGGAGAAGAAGGACCAAUCAACCGACCCGAUCAGAAAAUGCGAAAGAGGGUGUUACAAAGGCUUCACACUUUUUUCGGGGGUUCAGAAGAGGACAACUAUGCAGUGGGUUUGGACAAAAUUUCUGAUACAGAGAUGUUUUACCUUACUUCCAUGUAUUACUCGUUUCCUCGUGGGGUUGGGCUGCCUGGUAAAGCCUUAACAGCUGGAAAACCCAUCUGGAUUAGUGACCCAGAGAGUUGUUUUGCUCAUUACUCUUCGAGGUCAUAUCUUGCUAAAUGUGCAGGUUUCAAAACCCUUGUUUGCUUUCCUAUUGAAACUGGGGUUUUAGAGCUUGGUUCAGUGAACUCAAUUCCUGAAUACCAAAGUAUAUUACAUGAAAUCAGGUCUAUAUUGACGGGUGUCUAUUCUUCUAAUCCCCAAGCCUCAGCUUCAUACCCAAAAAUUUUUGGGCAUGACUUAAGGUUAGGAAGAGACAAAUUGCAACACACUGGUAAUGAACUGUUAGCGGCUAAGGUGGAAGAAAAGGAAUAUCCCAAUGUUUUGGGUCCCCCACAAGAGAGAGUCUCUCUUCCAAUGAUGGGAGGUAAGAAAGAGAUGAGUUGGAACCAAGUUCAUAAUGUUGACUCAGGAGAGAUCUAUAAGCCCCAAGCUUUUCAGAAACAUGGGGGUGGUAUUCUGAUCACUAACAGUGAAAAUGUUUAUGGCAAGUAUUCUAAUGGUGGAAACAGUGUGGGAGAUAACAAUAGAACAAAGUUGUUUCCUCAACAAAGGCAGAUUGACUUUACAGGAGCUUCGCGAAGUCCUGUAUUGAUGCCUGUGAACCAUCAUAUGGGGGCCCUGGAAUCAGAGCUCUCUGAUAAAGAAGAGAGAGCACCUCAGGCUGAUGAGAGGAGACCAAGAAAGAGAGGAAGAAAGCCAGCAAAUGGAAGAGAGGAGCCUCUGAAUCACGUUGAAGCAGAGCGCCAGAGGAGAGAGAAGCUUAACCAGCGGUUCUAUGCUUUGAGAGCUGUGGUUCCAAAUAUCUCUAAGAUGGAUAAGGCCUCUUUGCUUGGAGAUGCCAUUAGUUACAUAACAGACCUACAGAAGAAGCUCAGAGACAUGGAGGCUGAGAAAGAGAAGCAAGCCAGCUCUUCAGAAGCCAAAGCAGCUGAUGAUCAGAAGCUAGGUUUGGUUCCUGAGAUUGAUAUUCAAACAGUGAACGAGGAGUUGAUCAUUUGUUUGAGCUGCCCAUUGGAUGAGCACCCAAUUGCUAAAGUUGUCGAGACACUUCGAGAAAUGCAGGUUACAGUGCAAGAAUCUAGGGUUUGCACAAGAGAAGACUCAGUUCUCCAUACUUUUGUGAUCAAGCCCCAUGUAGGAACAGAGCAGUUGUUAAAAGGGAAGUUGAAUGCUGCACUCUCUAGAUGACCCACGUCAUGGGCUACGAGCUAACACUAAAGCCAUUAACUGCCUGGUAUGAAUACUUAAGACUCUUUUGAUCUUUGUAUCAAGGUGCAUUUAGUUAUGGUAAUUUUUGGAUUAUAGUGUAUAUCCAUGCCCUUUGCACCAUAUAGGGACAGAGGCGCACAAUUAGUGAACGGUGAAAGAAGGUGCACAAUGUUUUUUUUUUUUAGAGUAUUAAGUACAAUCUUGUCCUCAUUUUGUUUUAGUGAAAUGAGCUUCUUUGUAGCGUUUUAAGUGUAGGUUAAAAUAUGGAUAGUUCUAAUCCACGAUCACAAGCUCAUUCAAAACCUCAUUUUUCUUUUUUAUACAUGAGGAGAACUACUGUUCUUGCAGUUUUUUUGAUGGGCCCAUGGGCACCGUCAAAAACAGUCUCCCUGUUAUAAGAAAUGUAAUGGACAUGUCUAAUGGAUUUUUUUCUUUCUUUUAUUUAUUAUGGUUGUAAAUGCUGAUCAUAUGUAUUAAACGUGGCUUUUGGAUGGAUGAGUGAUGGUUUCA